AUGGAAGAGCUCAGCAAGACGCUCAAGGGCAUCGGCCUUGAGUCGGUGCCCCAGGAGCCAAACACCUACCCCGAUCUCAACCCCUUCGACAUCUACCGCAGCCACAUUACCGAGCUGCUCGCCGAGGUCUCUGGCGUAGACAGGAAGAUCAUAUACCCCACACUGGCAUGGACAGCGAAGCCCGAGAAUGGCGACCUGCAGCUCGCCGUCCCCGCUCUGAGGCUCAAGGGCAAGGACCUGAAGGCCUACGCGCAGGAGCUGGCGGACAAGUUCCCUGAGAGCCCAUUAGUCAAGAAGCCCGUCGUCACCGGCACUUUCGUUGGCUUCUUCUUCAAGCCAGAGUCGCUCACUUCGAUUGUUCUGCCCUUGAUCUUCAAGGCUGGCCAGAGCUAUGGCUUCAACAAGAGCUUUGGACUCAAGGAAGACGGUUCGAAGAAGAAGAUGGUCAUCGACUUCAGCUCGCCCAACAUCGCCAAGCCCUUCCACGCUGGCCACCUGCGAUCCACAAUCAUCGGUGGUUUCCUCUCCAACCUGUACGAGGGCAUGGGCUGGGACGUCGUUCGCCUGAACUACCUCGGUGACUGGGGCAAGCAAUAUGGUGUGUUGGCCAUUGGUUUCGACUACUUUGGCUCAGAGGAAGAGCUCGUCAAGAACCCCAUUGGCCACCUCUACGACAUCUACGUCAGGGUCAGCAACAUUCAGAAGGAAGAGGCGGACAAGGUUAAGCUACUGAAGACCGAAGUUACCAAGGACAAGGAGGAGGGCAAGGACACCUCGGCCAAGGAGGCGGAGAUCACAAAGAUCGAGACCGAGGGUAUCGAUGAGCAGGCUAGGAAAUACUUCAAGGGCAUGGUUGACGGCGAGCCCAAGGCCAUUGGUAUCUGGAAGCGCUUCAGGGACCUGUCGAUCGAGAAGUACAAGCAGACGUACGCCCGUCUGAACAUCCACUACGAUGUAUACAGCGGCGAGUCGCAAAUCAAGGACGAGAGCAUGGACCUUGGUGUCAAGAUCAUGUGGGAGAAGAAGGUGUGCGAGGACUCUGAGGGGGCCGUCAUUGUCGACCUUACCAAGCACUCCAAGAAGCUCGGGAAGGCAGUCAUCCAGAAGAAGGACGGCACAUCGCUGUACCUCACCCGUGAUGUUGGUGCCGCGUACGAGCGUAUGCAGACGUAUCACCCUGACAAGCUGAUGUAUGUCGUUGCCUCGCAACAAGAUCUUCACCUUGCCCAACUGUUCAAGAUUGAAGAACUCAUGGGCUGGAAAGACAUUUCUUCCAUCUCCCAGCACAUCAACUUUGGCAUGGUGCUCGGCAUGUCGACGCGAAAGGGCACGGCCAAGUUCCUCGACGACAUCCUCCGUGACGUGGGCGACAAGAUGCACGAAGUGAUGCGCGGUAACCAGGCCAAGUACGAGCAAGUCGAGGAUCCCGAAAAGACAUCGGACACACUUGGCAUCAGUGCUGUCAUGGUGCAGGAUAUGAAGGGCAAGAGGAUCAACAACUACCACUUCGACAUGGACCGCAUGACGUCGUUUGAGGGAGACACGGGGCCGUACCUGCAGUAUGCACACGCGCGUCUGUGCUCGAUCUACAGGAAGGCAGUCACUGUGGAUGCGUCGUUGGAGAAGCUGGACUUUGCUACGGUCGACCUGAGCGAGCUGCAGGAGCCACACGCGGUUGACCUUGUCCGACAACUCGCGUCGUGGCCUGACACAUUCCUCAACACGUUCAAGACGCAGGAGCCGACUACGGUUCUGACGUAUCUGUUCAAGAUGUCACAUGCUGUUAGCGCGAGUUACGAUCACCUGCAGGUGGUUGGUGGUGACAAGAAGAUCAACGUUCCUCGGCUGGCGUUGUAUGUGGCGGCCAGGCAGGUGCUGAACAACGGCAUGCGGGUUCUUGGACUCAGUCCUGUGGAGCGUAUGUAG